ACAGGGGAGAAGCCGUAUUCCUGUCCUGAGUGCGGGAAAUGUUUUUCAAAAAGUCCAUCUUUACACACAUCAAAGAUCUCACACAGGGAGAAGCCGUAUUCCUGUCCUGAGUGCGGGAAAUGUUUUUCAGAGAAGUCCAAUCUUUACAGACAUCAAGAUCUCACACAGGGGGAGAAGCCAUAUUCCUGUCCUGAGUGCGGGAAAUGUUUUUCAGUGAAGUCCAGUCUUUACACACAUCAGAGAUCUCACACAGGGGAGAAGCCGUAUUCCUGUCCUGAGUGUGGGAAGAUAUUUUACAAGGAAGGUCCCUAA